CCCCCAUCGUGAUCCAUCUGAUAAGCCUGCCACGGCAUAGCAUCAGUUCAUCCCAGACGCAAGCGCCAAGCUCAUCUGCCACCCGAAGCAGUUGGUGGCAGUAGCACUCCACGGCAGUCUCACAGUCACACGCGGCCCCCUCCGCUCCUUCCCUCCCUCUCCGCCGGCGCGGCGCCAAGCCCCGAGGCGGAACCGGAGGACAGCAUGGCGCGGCGCGCGGCAGCGGCGGCGAGGCUUCUCCGCCGUCUGGGCCCGCUCGCCGCAGAGCCCCCGACGCGAGGCAUGCCUCAUACUCAAUAUGAAUUCGCAAACCACACUAUGAAUUCUUGUAGAAGAUUUCACUGGAUUCCCAGUUUACAGUGUCCACCGUGUGGACCUAGGACUAAUGCGGAAACAUAUGAAGGCCAACGCAGUGCUAACAAGGCUUCUGAAGUUCAGAAGCGCACAUUUGGUUCUGCAGCAACACACAUUCAGAGGAAUCCAGCCUAUUCAGAGCUGAACUCUGAUGAUGUUUCUUACUUCAAGACCAUCUUGGGUAACAAUGGCGUAGUUCAGGAUGAAGACAGGAUUGCAGUUGCAAAUGUAGACUGGAUGGGUAAAUACAGGGGUGCAAGUCAGCUACUACUUUUACCAAAAAGCACUGUAGAGGUUUCUAAGAUUCUUUCGUAUUGCAACACCAGACGAUUGGCUGUGGUUCCACAGGGUGGCAACACAGGCCUUGUUGGUGGCAGUGUGCCUGUUUAUGAUGAGGUGAUUAUCAGCCUCGCAGGCAUGGACAAAAUCAUUUCCUUUGAUAAUGUAAAUGGUAUUCUUACUUGUGAAGCCGGUUGUGUGUUGGAAAAUUUAAGUACCUUUGUGGAAAAGGAAGGGUUUAUUAUGCCACUUGACUUGGGAGCAAAGGGUAGCUGCCACAUUGGUGGAAACAUUUCAACUAAUGCUGGUGGUCUUCGUUUCAUACGCUAUGGUUCACUCCAUGGAAAUGUACUUGGUCUUGAAGUUGUCCUGGCUGAUGGGACUGUCCUUGAUAUGCUAACUACCUUACGGAAAGACAAUACUGGGUACGAUCUGAAGCACUUAUUUAUUGGAAGUGAAGGCUCGCUAGGAGUGGUCACUAAAAUUUCAGUACUUACACCUGCAAAGCUACCUUCAACUAAUGUUGCAUUUCUUUCUUGCAAUGACUACACAAGCUGCCAGAAAUUACUACUUGCAGCUAGGAGGAACUUGGGUGAGAUCUUGUCUGCAUUUGAAUUCAUGGAUCAUAACUGUAUUGAUCUGGCUAUGCGACAUUUGGAAGGAGUUCAAAAUCCUUUACCUGCAUCACAGUCCAAAUUUUAUGUUCUAAUCGAGACAACAGGGAGUGAUGAAUCGUAUGACAAAACAAAACUGGAAGCUUUUUUGUUGAGUUCAAUGGAAAAUGGUCUGGUAGCUGAUGGAGUUAUAGCGCAGGAUAUCAGCCAAGCAUCAAACUUUUGGCGGAUCCGUGAGGGUAUAUCAGAAGCAUCUGUGAAAGUUGGGGCUGUGUACAAAUAUGACUUGUCCAUACCUGUAGAGAAGCUCUAUGAUAUUGUUGAAGAAAUGCGCUGCCGUCUUGGUAAUAACGCAGAGGUAUUGGGCUAUGGCCACCUUGGAGAUGGGAAUCUGCAUUUGAACAUCCUAUCAAGCAAAUACGACGACAAUACUCUUGCACAAAUCGAACCAUUUGUCUAUGAGUGGACUUCAGCACAAAGAGGAAGCAUCAGUGCAGAGCAUGGUUUGGGGCUAAUGAAAGCCGAGAAGAUUCACUACAGUAAAGCACCUGAAGCGGUGCAACUAAUGGCCUCCAUCAAGAAGUUGCUGGACUCCAAUUCAAUCCUGAACCCCUACAAGGUUCUGCCACAGUCUGUACUGUAGGCUAUAGCUGAAGUUACUCAGUUGUCCUGUAGUUGAAUCAUCCAAAAAGAAAGAAAGAAAGGAAUCGAGUUACUUGCAAACUGAUAUUUUCUCACCCAACUUAUGAUACUAAUCGAUUUAUGUAAAACCCCACUGAUUCCGACACCCACAGGUUAAAACCCUGUAGGUCUGUAACUCACUCAGCUUGUGGCUGAGCAGAGCUGCUUGAGUGAGCAGAGCAGAGGCAAAGUGAAUAGUUGAUGGUCA